CGCCUCACUUUUGCUUUUGGCGCGCGCCGUCGACGUUAUUAUUGCCGCCGAAGAAAGGGCGCGUAGGAGGCGGAGGAGGCGGGAGGCGGCUAUUAAUCUGGCCAGCCAAGCUUGAUCGGCCUCGACCAGACCAGAACACCAGAAGAAACAGACCUUAGAUAGAGUCCACAAAAGGCAGAGCCCCAGCACGUUCCAUUGAUGCUGCUCCAUUGAUGCUGCCAAGCCUCGGUCGCCAGCAGCCCAGCACGGAGCCCGACAUUGAGGCCCUGCACGGCUCCAGCGUGGCCGCCAAAACCCCGCGCCCCUCCGUGAGCAGCAACACUUGACACCACCAAACAAAGCUGCCCCUGCGGCGAGUCGUCGUGUCUCGACAAUCGUCCAAAUCUCUGUGCGGGUGCUCGAAUAAUUGCUGCCCGCCGUUUUGAAGCCCACCCAGGCCGCGAGCCCACCCGACGCAGGGGUUUGUUUUUUUGGGGGGGUUCUUUGUUCUUUGUUAUUUUCUUCUUCUUAUUUCUCGAGCGUCUGCGUGCUCGUUUCUUUUCUUUCUUUAAUUGUAUAUUUUCCCCCAAACACCCUAUCGACGCCGACGACUGCCUCGAGCAUCCUCCCGUGCCCCUCGUCCAAUUAUGCGCCGGACGUACCUUGGAGCCCAGGAGCAUGGUGAGUCGUCUCUUCCAGCGCAACCCGCGACGACUCUUGCUGGCGCCGUCCAGGGCGCCCGCAACCCCUCGCCAGCCGCUGUCAUUGGCAGCGCGAUGCCAUGGCGUGACGUCCCUCCCUGCCCGAGGCUUGUUCCCCUUCUAAUCAUGCAAAAUAAAACAAACAAAAACAAACAAAAAAGGCGCCAACGAACCUCACGAUGCGGACGAGCGCGGUCGACCCAAGCUCCCGGCGACCCUGCAAAUACCAAAGAACCGCAGCACAGGCAACCUGGCCAUCGUUGGCGAGGGCUCCGACCGCGGUCGCAUCCGCUUUUCGUUCGACGCCGGCGCCGCCACGGCCGAGUUCGAUGGCCUUACUAGAUCCCCUAUCAUGACGGACCAUGACCAUGGACUCGGUCUGUCCGGCCUUCGACGGAUCCGCCAGCACCAUCCCGUCCGCGCUCCGACCCUCCCGUCGUCCUCGAACCCCUCCUCGCGAAGCCCCUCGGUGAGCCUGCCGCGGUCCGCCUCCAUGAUGACCCUAAUGCUGCCACACGCAUACGGGAGCAGCACCUCACUCUCGCCCGGCGGCCCUGCAUCGCCCACAUUCGCCGAAGAUCUCUCGCGUUUCCCCUCCGAGUCGCUACACUCCUUCUCUUUCGCCAACCAGUCCGAGGAACUCAUACACAACCGCCAAAGUGUUCUUAAGCGCUCCCUCGAGUUCAUGAGAGACCGGAUGGGCUGGGCCGCCGCAAACGCCAAUAAUGCCGCCAUCGCAAGCGCCCAGGCCCGCGUCUCGGGCGACCAUGACGCGCAGAGUAUGCUGGAGCUUCUUGCCAAGGCCAACAUCCUCGGCGCCGGAAAUCUCCCGAAUUCUGACCCGGCCGUGCCCCACGGCCCUCUAACUGGCCCGGCCGAGGUCUCGGGCGAGAACGUGUUUGACAAGGACUUUAUCCCGAGGUCUGCGAGCCCAGACCUGAUCGCCGGCCCUGCGCCUUCUGCCGCCGCUGCAAAGGCCUCGCCCUCCCCAGAUCCACCCGCAAAGCAGGCUGCUGCGCCCGGCGCCCGGCCGUCGCCUCUGGUGUCAACAGGAGCUGUCCCGCCUGAUUCAGCCGACUCGUCGAGGACUCCAACUAACGAGAGUGGGGGAACCGACCAGACCUCUCAGUCCUCACCACCGCCUUCCAGGAGACCCAGUGUUCUCAAGAGGGCUUUAACCGAUACGGCACAUGCGUCGAUGCAGCAGAAACUUGUCGAGGCUAUGGCGCAGCCGUACGUGCCCGGUGCCUCUUCGGGGCCAGACCCGGUGCUAUCCCCCAACACGGCCCAGUCUUUCUCAUCGGCUGGCAACUUCACGAUGCCCGUCGCGCCCGCCGCACAUGGGCACUCGACAAGAUGGGUCCCGGCCGCACAAGCCAUCUUCACCACCGAGGCAAAACCUCCCUGGACCAUCGUAGCAGCCAACGACCUCGCGUGUUUGGUUUUUGGUGUCACAAAAGCCGAGGUACGCAAGAUGGGGAUCCUCGAGGUGGUACAGGAGGAGAGGAGGGACUGGCUUUCCAAGAAGCUCCAGGGAGAGGAGCCAGGUGAGGCCCAGGGAAUUGCCGGCAGCAGUGAAGCUGCCGGCCCCCCGAAGCCAGCUGCACGGACUGUUUCGAACAGUCUUCUAGGCAGCCGCGGCGGUGGCAUCACGGCGCAUCUCCUCAGCAAACCGAACUCGCGAACAUCCAAGGCUACCGCACAACAGGCUUCCCGAAGGCCGCAUGCGGUACAAAGCGGAGAGCCGAGGCCACGCAAGGCAUCCAACAACAGCUCCAACACAUCCAGAGGCGUGCUGCUCUGCGGAGACGUGGUGCCGAUCCAGAAGCGUAACGGUGCCACAGGAUCUGCCAGCCUAUGGGUUAAGGAGAAGCGAGUUGGCUUGAUCUGGGUCCUGGAGGAGAUACAUGAGGACGUCGCUACCGUCACUCUUGGGGAAGAGGGCCUCGUCGAAAAGCUGGACGGCGCGCUGGCAGCCAUCUGGGGCGACGCGUCCCUGAAGCCCGGUAUGGAUGUCGGGAAGCUUAUACCCCGCAUCCCCCGACAGGGGAUCGAUCCCAGGACCGGCGAGAUUGACUAUGCCCAGCUAAACAAGCGGCGCUUCUACACGUGCCGCAACUCGGAACGCGUCAGCAUUCCGGCCACAGUGGAGCAGACGAGGGGGAAGCCGGAGCUGAGGGUGUCGAGCUUCCCGCACAUCGCCGGCAUCAUCGUCGUAAACACCAGCGACCUAAAGAUCCAAAGUUCCAACUCGGCCUUUUGCGGCGCUCUCUUCGGCCACGAGAAGCCCGAUGGCAUGCCUAUCAACAGCCUGGUGCCAGAUUUCGACAAGCUCCUGGAAAUCAUCACGCGUGAAGACGACAUCUCGCUCGUCGACGGCAUCGUGGUCCCCGAGCACAGUUUUCGAAGGGCCUCGGCUUUCCUGGCCCUCCGGGAUGGCCGGGGUGAAACGGCCACGUCAAUUUUGCGCCCCGAGGGGCUCCCUGGGAGGCACCGUGACGGCUCCGAGCUGAAAAUAGACAUGCAGAUGCGGGUGGUUCAGAGCGAGAAACAAGCCGUCGCACGCGAUGAUUCUGUCCUGGAGGAGGAGGACGAGGACGAAGACGAGAGCGCUGGCGUUGGUGCGGCGCCUGAGACAUUGUGGUCCCUGGGUGGCUCUAGAGAGGACGUGAGCGUGACUUCGACGUCUGAAAUGGUGUACGCGCUCUGGAUAACCUAUUCCAGGCACCUGCACACGUCGUCCAGAGUGAUCAUUGGCUCUGGCGCGACGUCUCCCUUGAUGUCUGGCACCAACACACCUCUCCAUCAGCCGUCUCCUGGACAGACCCCGGCGCACACACCACAGGAUAUGGGAUCAGAUACGGAUGAGCCGAAGAAGGAGAUGUCGAUAGCCAAGAUCACCCAGCAGAUCAAAGACGUGGCUCGGGGCGCGGCUGCCAAGAUAGCCGGUGGGAAGGCCAAGGAGGCGGCGGCGCCAGCCACGUCCCCUGCGGCCAAGGAACCCGAGCCGGCAGCGACACCGACCAAGAAGACGAUUGACAGUUUUACAAUACUGGAAGAGAUGGGCCAAGGAGCAUACGGCCAAGUCAAGCUGGCCAAGCACAAGGACAGCGGGCACAAGGUCGUGCUCAAAUACGUGACGAAGCGGCGCAUCCUGGUGGACACGUGGACUAGGGACCGGCGCCUGGGGACUGUUCCGCUCGAGAUCCAUGUGCUGGACUACCUGCGGCGGGACGGGCUGCGGCACCCCAACAUCGUCGAGAUGGAGGACUUUUUUGAGGACGAGACCAACUACUACAUCGAGAUGGCGCCGCACGGCCUGCCGGGCAUGGACCUGUUCGACUACAUCGAGGUCCGAAGCAACAUGGAGGAGUCCGAGUGCCGGAGCAUCUUUGUGCAGGUGGCGCGCGCGAUACAUCACCUGCACACCAAGGCCAACGUUGUCCACCGCGACAUCAAGGAUGAGAAUGUGAUUCUGGACGGCGACGGAAAUAUCAAGCUCAUCGAUUUCGGUAGUGCGGCAUACAUCAAGAGCGGGCCCUUUGACGUCUUUGUGGGCACUAUUGAUUACGCCGCUCCAGAGGUCCUCGGCGGCAAGCCGUACGGGGGGAAGGAGCAAGACGUCUGGGCGCUCGGUAUCCUUCUCUACACCAUCAUCUACAAGGAGAAUCCGUUUUACAGCAUCGACGAGAUCAUGGACAGGGACCUCAGGGUACCCUAUACCAUCAGCGACGAGAGCAUUGACUUGAUCCGCCAGAUGCUGAACCGCAACGUAUCGCAACGGUUCAACAUUGACCAAGUCCUGGCCCAUGCCUGGUGUCAAGAGCCGGCAGGCAACGAGUAACGAGCAGCUCGGGAAUGCGCAUACCGACAAGGUUGCUCGCGAGCCGAGGGCGCCGUAACCGGCCGAGCAGAAGCCGGAUUCCGCGGACGUGGCACUGAAAGAAGAAUAUCUUGAGAGGAGAAAAAAGCAAGCCGACUCUCAAAUAAUCAAAGGAGCCUCGCUUGCUCAAAGCGUGGCCCGUGUCAUAAAUGCAGUGGCGCUUUGAUUUUUGCACAACGGAACCAGUCUCUAGGCGAAACAAGGGGUGGUUCCCUCGACUGACUCUGCCUCCUUGCAGCCAGCGCGCAAACGUCCACGUCAACGGCGCCCUGCAGUUGGCAGGUUCUUGUAUGACCCCCCUUGGACUACCGCACCUGCCUGCCGUCUGCACCAGCAACCCAAGACAAGGCCGAACCUCCACGUGUGGUGACGGGCCUCGGCUACGGGUGGCACACGCGGCACUCGGAGCACACACCCUCAGCAGGACGUUUCGAGCCGGCUCUACCAACCUCGAAGCGCAAAAAAGACGUUCGAUGUUACUCGAUUUCCACACGCGGGGUGUGGUUGGAGGCAAGUGGUGUAAAACAUGGGACGAAAUUGAUUUGGGAUUGACAUGGCAGGGAAGCGGCGCAAACGACCGACGGUUUUCUGGGUGGGAAAGAACUGGGCGUUGAAAAGGGUUAUUUGCUUAAUUUUAUGCUUGAGGUGGUUGGUUGCGAGGGAGCAAGUCAUAUUUCCCACCCCCCUUUUUUUCACGAUUUCUUAUUUGCUUUAAACUACAUUGCAUUUAUACACACUGCCAUAGAUCACGCUGUCUUCAAAAUUCGCUACCGCUGGCCUCAGCCUGACGUAUAUUAUAUACCCCAGAUUUUAGACGAAUACUACGUAACCAUGUCGCUUUG